AUAAAGCGCAGUGGUGGGGACCCCUGCGUGCCAGCCGCCCCCAUGGGCAUGGGCAUGGAGGUGGAGUGGUGCCUGUUGCUCUGUUUGGCUCUCUCAGGACAAGCAGUUGCCGCAGACCAGCUUUGGCAGCCAGUGGAUGUAGUCUUAGAUUGUCUCCUGGCCAAGGAAGGCAGCCGGCGUGGAGCUUUUGGCAGCAGUGGGGACAGGGUAAAGACCUUGCUGGUGCUGAGACAGGUGCCAGUGCUGGAUGAUGGCUCCCUGGAAGGCAUCACCAACUUCCAAGGGGAUGGACUGUCCACGGAUGACUCACCUGCCACCUUUGAGGCUUCAGUGGACCUGGUCCAGAUCCCCCAGGCCGGAGCCCUACUCCACGCAGACUGCAAUGAGAAACAGGUGGCCUGUGAGUUAUUGCAUUACUUCCUCCAGACCAGGCCAGAGGCCGCUGUGGAACCAGCAACUUGCUUCAUGGCCACUGUGCAGGUGUCCGAUGGUGGGCCAAGCAUCUCCAUGGUGAUGAAGACCCUUGGGGAUACUGACAAAGAGACUAUCAAGCACCCCAAGCUAAAUCUGUCCCUGAGUCCUCAGGGUACUGUGAAGGCUGCAGUGGAAUUCCAAGUAACCACCCAAACCCCCACUCUGACGUCUCCACUGGGGUCCUCAGCCUCCUUGCACUGCAGCUUCUCCAAGGCACCAGGCCUGACCCUCACCAGCGUGGAAUGGCGGCUGCAGCACCAAGGCCAUGGCCGGAUGGUGUAUCGCUGGUCCCCAGAUCAGCAGCGGACAGAUAGGCCAGGUGCCACCCUGGAGCCAAACCCCCUGCUGGAGGCGGGGGAUGCCUCCCUCACUCUCCCCAGCCUCGUUGUGGAGGAUGAGGGCACCUAUAUUUGCCAGGUUACCACCUCCCAGUACCAAGCCCAGCAAAUCACCCAGUUGCACCUCCAAGCUUCCCCCAAAAUACGACUGAGCCAGGUGAACAAAGCUCUGCCCUCCACCCUCACCUGCCAUGUCACUGGCUAUUACCCUCUGGAUGUGGCCGUCACGUGGACACGAGAGGAGCUGGGGGGCAACCUGACCUCUCUCUCCGAGGCCUCCUUCUCCAGCCUCCGGCAAAGCACAGCUGGCACCUACAGCAUCUCCUCCUCUGUCACAGCUGACCCUGGCCCUGCCGGUGCCACAUAUACCUGCAAGGUCACCCAUGUGUCCCUACAGGAGCCCCUGGGAGCCAGCAUGUGGGUUGCCCCACCAGAGCAGAGAACAACCUUGGGUGCCCUAUUUGCCAGCAGCCUUUUCAUCCUCACACUGUGGCUCCUGAUGCUUCAGAGACGGCAAGCUACCUCAGCAAGGUCUGCCAAGAUGCUGAGGGCCUCUGGGUAGACCUUUUCCUGCCUCAGGGUGGAAUGGAGGAGUCAUGAAAGAGCUCUCACAGCCACCCCCAAAGUACCAAG